GAACGCACGAUUUCAUUCAAUGAUGUUCCUAUGCUCUCAUUUAAGAAUACUUGCCAAGAAUUGAACCAUGUAUAAAUAGAGGUCUUUUGCUUUCUCUUUAUUUUUUUCAACAUGAAAUAUCCUUUGUUUGAUCGCACAAGAGAAAAGAAAUCAAUCAGGCUUGUAAGAAAACUACAACAAGAAGCUGAUAGUGAAUGGGAGAAGGAAUUGGCCACUAGAAAAAAGCAAGAGGCUAUGGAUGAAGCCAUGGCAAAGGAACUACAAGCAAAGGAAGAGCAAGAAGAACGAAAGCGUCAAAACCAAUCAAAUGCAUUCAAUCCAUUUCUCUCACAGGGCUCUUUUGAUUCCAUUGAAGCUAAAGAUCAUCUCAAUGCAUCAACACAAUAUCCAACAAAGCAAUACAAGCCACACCUUAUAACUAAUUUAUUAUGCAGGAGUCCUUCUCCAAUCCUGGACAAGCAUACUGAGCCAAUGAUGCCAUUAAACACUGUCGUUCAACCUUCAAACGAAACACUAUCAACAAAGACAGAUAUGCCAAUACAAACGAAUGUGCAACCUAAUGCCAACCAAAGCCCAACAAAACCUCCUCUCCCUAUUCGUAAAGCAUCUAUUAUCAAAGACAGUUUAGCAACCAAAAAAUCAGACCAAAAACGACAGUCUUCCUCUGUACCUAGUCCUACAAAGUAUUCUGAUUCCUUCUUGUUAUUGAAGCCUGAUGAGAAAGAACAUACUGCUUUUGUUGCUAUCCCAGUGACAGAGCGAACAGAUCAAAUGAAAACAACAAAUACAAAACCUACCCUUCAAAUUCUAGAUCCUACUGCUGAUCUAAUAAAAUGCCAAUCCAAAGGCAAAGAAAAAGUAGAGCCAUAUCGUGUGUAUGAGGAAAAAGAGAGUCAGGAGGACGAACAUCGAUUAGGACACACCAGUCCAUAUCAACCACAUAUACUUUAUCCUUACUCUUUCUCCACUCCCAUUCUAGCUAAUUCAAGCUUCGCUCAAGACAAUCAACAUCCGGUCAACAGAGUAUAUCCUACCAACUUUUUAAAAGCAGGAGCUCCUCCCCUUCUUAUACACGGCCCAAGUUCAAGCAGAGUUCAUUACCAGAACAUUCAAAACAAAACAAGUCUGCCUAUAACAAAACACCAAAAGACACAGAACGGCACAUUACAGUGACCAGUAUUUACCCUGGACAGAGGUCUUGGAUUAAAAUAUACCCUACAGAUACAGGAAAAAUCUUAGCAGAGCGUAUUUCCAUUCUUGCUUCCUAUCGAACAAGGCGGGUCACUAAGAUUAUCACUAAAAGUGGCACCGAGAUCGCAUUAAAUGACUCGCUUCUGUUUGAUGAU